UCUCAGUAAACGCAAACUAAAACUCUAUAUCAACAUGUCUGGACGCGGAAAAGGAGGCAAAGUCAAGGGAAAGGCAAAGUCCCGUUCAUCUCGUGCUGGUCUCCAGUUUCCGGUAGGCCGUAUUCACCGUCUGUUGCGAAAAGGAAACUAUGCCGAACGCGUCGGUGCUGGUGCUCCCGUAUAUCUGGCAGCCGUGAUGGAAUAUUUGGCUGCUGAAGUGUUGGAAUUGGCAGGAAAUGCUGCCCGUGACAACAAGAAGACCCGAAUCAUUCCACGUCAUCUGCAAUUGGCCAUCCGUAACGACGAGGAGUUGAACAAACUUCUGUCCGGUGUCACCAUUGCCCAGGGCGGUGUCCUGCCAAACAUUCAAGCCGUUUUGCUGCCCAAGAAGACCGAGAAGAAAGCCUAAAUAUUUGUCCUAUUGAACCUAUAAAAACCGUCCUUUCCAGGA